AUGGCUAAGUCUGUAACUACAUAUGAAAAACCUUUACCACACAUAAGUAAGUUUUGUCAUAUUACAAAUGCUAAUAUUUAAUUCUUUUCACAAGAUUUUCAUCUCUACUAAUAUAUUAUAUGUUAUACAUGAUAAGAAUAAAUUAUAAUAUCCGAAUAUUUCUGUAUAAAAUAUAAAACAUUUAUUUUUAUAAUAGGUUUAGCAGAUUGGUAUGCUAAGCAAUGGGAACUUCAACAAAAUGCAUCUGUUAGAAGUGCAGAGGCAUUUGAAUUAAGAAAUGCAGGAAAAAUUAUUUGUUCAGAGACAAUGGUAAAAACAAUAUGGGACACAUAUAUGAAUAAUACUCGUCUUGCAGAUAGAGUAACAGAAUUAUCACGUUGGAGAGAAUUACUUCAAAGUUUGUUAAAUAAAUUAAAUACAGAGAUAAAGUUCUUACAAGAUGAGAAAAUUGACACAGAGAAAGAAUUAGAAACCCUAAAUUAUCCAUUACAAUUAAUAGCAGAAUGUAUUUCCAUGAGAGAUUGUCGUAGAGGAACAGAACUUACAUAUGAUGAAGCUGAUACAGAAUUGAAAAAAGAACUUUGUAUCAUUGAAAAUGUUAAAAAAUCAUUAACUGAUAGAGUGCAAGCUGCAUGGGAAAAGUUAAAUCGUUUAGAAGAAGUUAGAUUUCAAAUGCAAUUAGAAAUAGAAGAUAAAGAUGAAACUAUUAAAAUAGAGAAAGAAAAUCUUGAUUUAGAUCAAACAUGUGCAAAUAUUAGCUAUAAACCAAAUGCACUAAGAACUCCAAAAGGUUCUAUAUCAUACGAAGCUUGGUUGGAACAUUGCCGUUAUAUUAAAAUGUUAGGUGAUAAUGAAUUAAGUGAUGUAUAUAAUUUCCGCGAAGCUAUGAACGUAAUGCGUGAACGUGCUAGAAAUGAUAUUAAGGCUCAACAAGACGUAACAGAUUUCAGUUUACGAAAAAGAAUUUAUCAGACACAAAAAGCCAGGAAUGAAUUAGAAUGGCAAAAGCUUAAAGUAAUCCAAAAAGAAAUGGAAAUUUUACAAAAAGAAAUAGUACGACUUGAAAAUGCAUUAAUGGAUAAAAUUGAUUCGAUAAAAUGCGCAGAGACACGAUUAGAAAAUCGUACUUACCGUCCUGGUUUUGAACUUUGUCGCGACGAAGCUGAAUUAGGUUUGAAAGACGAAGUCUUACACUUGCGACAAACUGAAAAAGAUUUAACAAGAAUGUUGGAAAAUUCAAAAGGUGCAUAUAACAAUUUGGAAAGCUUACUUUUGCAAGUUGACGGAAAUAUAGAUGAUAAACAACAUUCUUUAGCGACAGAUGUUAUGUGUUUAGAUAUGAGAGCAACAUUAAAAACAGGAGAUAGAACACGAUUGCCGAAUGAAACAGACCGUAAUAUUGUUCUUACACGUAUGGAAAAAGAGAUACCACUUGAAUCAUAA